GACUUGGGAUUCAGGCUGUCUGAGGCUGCAGUUGAGAAAAAUUCCAGCUCUGCACAAAGAAACAAUUCAAGCAUCAUACACAUACCAUAAAAAUACCACCAAUCUACAGAAAAACAUCAACGAAACAAGACUGAUAGAAUAACCUCUCUGAACCAGCAACAAUGACGGCAAACGGGACCAGCGACAUGCUCAAAAUUCAAUUUGGGCUCAUAAAUUGUGGAAAUAAAUACCUUACCGCUGAAACAUUUGGGUUCAAGAUAAAUGCCUCUGCGACCAGCAUGAAGAAAAAACAGAUCUGGACCCUGGAGCAGGACGGGGAUGACUCCAACAGGGUCUUCCUGAAGAGUCACCUGGGCAGGUAUAUUGCAACUGACAAGGAUGGAAACAUCACAGGUGACAGCGAAACACCCGCCGAAGACUGCAGGUUCAUUAUCAUCGCUCAUGAUGAUGGGCGCUGGUCUCUGCAGUCGGAGCCUCACAAGCGCUACCUUGGCGGUACCGAGGACAGAAUCACGUGUUUUGCUCAAACGAUCUCCGUGGCAGAGAAAUGGAGCGUCCACAUUGCUAUGCACCCACAAGUCAACCUAUUCAGCGUCACUAGAAAAAGAUAUGCCCAUUUAAGCUCGAAACAAGACGAGAUUGCCAUUGACAGGGAUGUCCCUUGGGGCGUCGACUCCUUAAUCACUUUGGUUUUUCAAGACCAGAGGUACCACCUGCAGACCUCAGACAACCGGUUCCUCCAAAAUGAUGGUACAUUGGCCGCUAAGCCUGACAAAACCACCGGCUACACCCUGGAGUUCAGGUCGGGAAAGGUGGCAUUCAGAGACUGUGGAGGGAAAUACCUGGCGCCCUCUGGUCCGAGUGGAACCAUGAAGUCUGGCAAGAGUUCCAAGGUUGGAAAAGACGAGCUUUUUGUGCUGGAGCAGAGCCAUCCUCAGGUGGUGCUCACUGCCGGUAACGACCGAAACGUGUCCACCAGACAAGGCAUGGACCUAUCUGCUAACCAGGAUGAGGAAGGUGAUCAGGAGACCUUUCAGAUGGAGAUGAGUAAAGAAACGAAGAAGUGUGCUUUCAGGACAUGCACUGGUAAAUACUGGACCCUCACUGCCAACGGAGGACUGCAGUGCACAGCCUCUACCAAGUCUGCCAACUGUUACUUCGACAUUGAGUGGCGUGAGAAGAAAAUCACCCUCAGAGCUGCAAAUGGGAAAUAUGUGGCAGCUAAAAAGAAUGGGCAGCUGGCAGCCACUGUUGAAUCAGCGGGUCAGACUGAGGAGUUCCUUAUGAAGCUGAUCAACAGGCCUAUCAUCGUCUUGCGUGGAGAGCAUGGCUUCAUCGGCUGUAGGAGAGUGACUGGGACUCUGGACUCCAACCGCUCCUCCUAUGAUGUAUUUCAGCUGGAAUUCCAUGAUGGUGCCUACAGCCUUAGAGAUUCCACUGGGAAGUACUGGAUGGUUGGGAAUGAGUCUUCAGUGGUCAGCAGCAGCGACACCCCUGUGGAUUUCCUGCUGGAGUUCUGUGAUUAUAACAAGCUGGCCAUCAAGGCUCCUGAUGGCAAGUACCUGAAGGGAGACCAUGCUGGCGUCCUGAAAGCCAAUGCAGAUGCCCUCGACAGCUCCACUAUGUGGGAGUACUAGAAGCACUUUAUCUACCAUUGUGGCUUUUUCAUUUUCUUCAUUUAGUUUGUUUAAUUUUGAUUCUCAGUUUGCAUGCAUGUGGGGAUUAAAUGGUUGAGGGGGUGAUGCACUUGUCCCGGAUGACUGAAGCUGGCCUGACUCCUGUGGCUCCCCUCCACCCAGCCUUUAGUAUCAGAAAUGUAAUGACAAAAGCUUUCUUCCUGACCUUUGGGAAAAGGGGUCUGAGAUGGCAAUAUCCCCAUAUUUUGUUGUUGAUAUGAAAUAACUAAGGCAAAAAGUAUUUUUUUGCUUUGAUUCUCAGAGUUCAAUCCAGAUGAGUAAUGUGUCACUGUUAAAGUUUUUUUUUAUUGCCAUUAUUCUCUAGUCUACUGUUACUCCAGUCAUUUUUUUUUUGCCAAAAUCCUGGUUGAUUGGAUUGAUUCCUAGUAAAAACUAGGACAUUCUAUUCUUUCAGAAUUUUUCUGGAAUUUUGAAAUGGUGAUAAUGUUCACAGUCAGUUGCCAAUUAUUUUUGAGCCGUCCAUGAAAGAACCACCUGAAAAUGACCACUUAUAUUUUAAGUGUUCCCAUUUUGCCAAACUUUUGCUCUGAGAUCAGACAUCUCUUCUUAAUUUUCACCUAAUCCUCAGCCUUGGGUCAGUGUGCAGUUGGGUUGCCUUUUGACAUUAAUAUAAAUUUGGAGUGAAGCCAAUCUUGACUAUUCCAGCAUGUCUUAGAGAAAGACCAUUUGUUCUAAAUAAAAAAAACAUUAAAAAAAGAUGUGGAAUAUUUAGUCAGAUUGUAAAACUAGCAUGUGCUCAGCAUUUACAAUGUAAAAUCAGGUGAGCACUUGUAAUAUUUAACAGCAUCUGUUUGCUGUUGGGAAUCUGUAUUUGAUUUUGUCAUGUUUGAGGAACAUAGAAAUGUUAAAACCAGUGUUGAACUUCACUUAUCACUGUGCACAAAGCUGUUCUUAAUUAAGUGAACUAGUCGUGAUAUUGAAAGGCGGGUUGCUUGUAUGAUAUGGACUUGAUUUUCUUUUGUGUGCCAUAAGUUUCUUUUAUCUUGUCAGAUGGAGAAUAUCCUAAACUGGAAAUUUAUUUUGGAGUGCUGGGUUUAAGUGGAAUGCUUAUAGUCACUCAUCUCAAUGGACCGUAAUGGCUCAAGAGCUAACAAAAAGCAGGAGGCAAUACUGAUAUGAACGUGACUUUAAAUUCAGUCUGGCCCUACAACUGUCCAGUGAUUUAAGCGCUAUCCUCUGAUAUAUGGUGUGUAGUUAUAGGUCUGGAAUUUGUAUAAAUUGCAGAUCUGAAGAGCCGUUGCUUUCAAAAGUAAAUGACUCACCUUCACCGUUAUGGCCCUAUGGUGAGACUGUGUUCCACUGCAGCUGUGAUGCACAAGCUUCAAAGGCAUGAGUUAUUGGACAUUUCCAGAGUUUUACGAGAAUAAUUAUGACAUUUCUAGAGGCAUUACCAUGGAAUAGUUUUGUAACGGGGCAGGUGAAGGAUCACUCAAUAUUCUAUCAAAGAGCUCAAGUGAAAUCAGGCUCUGAACUGCUUUACCACACAAUGACUGCUAUCAGGAGUCAGACUGAUCUGGAAAAGUUAAAUAGCUGUUUUGAGACUUUUUUAGUCAGUGAUGUUUACAGGUUAAAAUGAAUUCAUGACUGGAGAAAAGGAUGAUCCUAUAUGCAGCUUAUUUGUAAACCUUGGUGUGCAAUUAAAUGGGUAACUUUGCUAGAUGACUACCAAACUCUGGCUUCAAACCCUUGGAAGGGGUAUCCAUUUGCUGCUCUGUUUUAGCACUGGUGCUAAACAACACUAAACACAAUGAACCUUUUAUAAAAUGACUGGAAACUGGUGUUGUCCUUGCAUCCACAUAAGUAACCACACAUAACUGGAAAUCAAUAAAGAGAUUUUAUCAGACUGAUAAUCGGUGUAAAAUGCAUAGCAAUGCAAAUCACUUGCACUGCAAAUUUGGUGAAGUUGGAAAUAAAACUUUUUUUUUUUAGCCUGCGGCCACAGAACCUGCAUUAGUGGGAACUGCCCCACAAGUGCUCCAUGAAUGUCAUCUUAUGUUUUCUGUCAUUAGGGCAACUGUUCUGUAGAUGGGAAGGUGGCUGUUUGUGGGAGGUGAUUUCUGAUCAAAGGGAAUGAUAAUGGUUGUGCCUUACUCUGAGUAUACAGGCGAAAGUAGCUUUUUUUAUUUCCCAGAACAUUCCGCUUGUGUAUUUGAAAACCUGAAGUAGCUUCUGUUUUUGUUUGACUUUUUUUUUCCUUUGUGCCAUUUGUAUGACUUAAGCCUAAUGUCAAGUAAAGUUUAAAUAUGAAA